AUGCCAGAUCGUUCUGAUCGAGUUACUUCACCAUAUGGGAACACCUUGCAUCACAGUGAGAAUGCUACAGUUGGUCAAUUUGCAUUCACAACCGCAGAAGCUGGAAACUACCUUGCAUGCUUCUGGAUAGAUAGUGCAGAGAAAGGAUCAGGAGUAUCUGUGAAUCUUGACUGGAAGAUUGGGAUUGCAACAAAAGAUUGGGAUGCUAUUGCUAAGAAGGAAAAAAUUGAGGGUGUAGAACUAGAGCUUCGGAAACUUGAAGUGGCAGUACAGACCAUUCAUCAGAACUUGAUAUACCUCAAAGAAAGGCAAGUCAUCUAUUCCACCAGUCUAUGGAACAUCUUUUGUAGUUAA